UACUCGUCUUCCUCCUCCGUUGACGACAUUUUGACAGUCUCCGCUACUAGCAGCAGCAGCAGCAGCAGCUAACCCAAGCCCCACAAGUAUUCAUAAGCCGAAGCUCUGGAGAGAGUGAUUCGCAACGCCAAAGGAAAAGAUACUCGUUUUCUCAAAGACGACACCGUUUAUGUACUCAAAGCUGAGAGAGUAAGAGUUCUAGAUCAGAGACCAGAGACUGUUCUCUAUAUAUAUACACAUACAUACACACACACACAGCAUAUACAUAAUAUAUACAUAUAUAUAUAUAUAGAGAGAGAGAGAGAGAAGUCGAAAUGGAGCGCUAUGAGAUACUGAAAGAUAUAGGGUCGGGUAAUUUCGGUGUUGCGAAGCUGGUGAGAGAUAAAUGGAGCGGUGAGCUUUAUGCUGUUAAGUAUAUUGAAAGAGGUCAAAAGAUUGACGAGCACGUGCAGAGGGAGAUUAUGAAUCACAGGUCCUUGAAACAUCCCAAUAUAAUAAGAUUUAAGGAGGUGCUGUUAACGCCAACCCAUCUGGCCAUAGUCAUGGAAUAUGCUGCUGGAGGUGAACUGUUUGAGACAAUAUGCAAUGCUGGUAGAUUUAGUGAGGAUGAGGCAAGAUAUUUCUUUCAGCAAUUGAUAUCAGGAGUCAGUUACUGCCAUUCAAUGCAAAUCUGCCAUAGAGACCUGAAACUAGAAAAUACACUUUUAGAUGGAAGCUCAGAACCGCGGCUCAAGAUCUGCGACUUUGGCUAUUCCAAGUCGUCGGUGUUGCAUUCUCAGCCCAAAUCCACCGUGGGAACACCCGCUUACAUCGCCCCAGAAGUUCUGUCUCGUAAAGAAUAUGAUGGAAAGAUUGCAGAUGUUUGGUCCUGUGGGGUAACCUUGUAUGUGAUGCUGGUUGGAGCUUAUCCUUUCGAAGAUCCUGAAGAUCCAAGAAAUUUCAGAAAGACAAUUCAGAGGAUUCUUAGUGUCCAAUAUUCGAUUCCGGAUUACAUUAGGGUUUCCCGAGAAUGUAAACAUCUCUUAUCCCGAAUUUUCGUUGCGAAUCCUGAAAAGAGAAUAACGAUCCCGGAAAUUAAAAAGCACCCGUGGUUUUUAAAGAAGUUACCAGUAGAAUUCACGGACGAAGAUGGAGGUGUAACGAGCUUCGAAGAGAAUGGCAACAAAGAGGACGAAAAAGAAGGCCACAGUGUUGAAGAUAUAGUAGCAAUAAUUCAAGAAGCGAGGAAGCCCGGAGACGGGAUCAGCGAGGUCGGCGGGCGACUUCUAGGGGGAAGCUUGGAUCUUGACGACAUUGAUGCCGAUGCAGACAUUGAAGACAUUGAGACGAGCGGUGAUUUCGUAUGUGCGUUAUAAUAACGCUAACGCUGUUGAAAUUUCGUUACUGUAAGUUCAGACGUAUAAUUUUAAUAAUAUUAAAUUAUUAUAAUUUCUUA